AUGCGCAACAGUAGCUUGGAACAAGUCUGGAAGGGAAUCAAGUUUCUUGGAUCAUUGAAAAGCCUAAAUCUGAGUCAUUCUUGUGGGCUUACAAGAACUCCCAACUUCUCCAGACUCCCUAGCCUUAAGAGGUUAAUUCUUAAAUCUUGCCUUAGUUUGGUCGAGUUUCAUGAAUCCAUUGGAGACCUGAAGAUGCUUCUUCUUUUCAAUCUGAAAGGCUGCAAAAGUCUUCAGAAGCUUCCAAGUGAAAUUACUAUGCUGAAGUCUCUGAAAAAAUUAAUUCUCUCUGAUUGCUCAAACCUUGAGGGGAUGCCAAAUAAUCUGAAAGAAAUGGAAUCACUUACGGUGCUCCAUGCAGAUGGCACAACUUUAAAUCAUUUACCUUCCAUCCCUAAUAAUUUAAGUAAUUUCAGCUUCCCAACAGCUAAAUCUUUGCAUUCACUCUUCUUGUCUUGGCUAUUAGCCAAAAAACAACCAGUAUCCACCAGUUUCUUUUCGUUGGCUUCUUUACCAUGCUCCUUGGUAAGCUUAAAUCUUGCGAACUGCAAUCUAUCAGACGACGCCAUUCCAAGAGAUCUUAGUAACCUAUCCUCAUUGCAGUAUUUGUCUUUGAGUGGAAAUCCAAUUUCUAGCCUACCAACAAGCAUUAUUGGUCUUACUAAUCUGGACAGCCUUAUUUUAGAAGGUUGCAAAAGGAUUCAAUCACUUCCAGAGCUUCCAACAAGCAUACAGAUGUUUGCAAAAGAUUGCACGUCCUUGGAAAGAAUUGGUUAUUUACCAAAUUUUUCAAGAUCAAUGCACUUGGGUGUUUUGGGUUGCAGCAAACUAGUUGAGAUACAGGGUUCAUUCAAGUUAGAACCCAUAAGAAGCACUGACAUGGAAAUGAUCAGCAAAGUGGGAUUGUUCGACUUGGCAUCCACGGGGAACAUAAAUGUGGAAAUGGCCAAUGGUCUGACUCACACCCACAGAAAGAGUCCCCUCCAGGUAUUGUGUGAGUGUGACAUAUUGACCACAUUUAUUCCCGGGAGCAAUAUUCCAAACUGGUUUGUCUAUGAUAAUGGUUCUAGGAUAUCUUUGGAAGUGCUUCCACUUCCUGAUCGCAAGAUUCAAGGCUUGAAUAUAUGUGUUGUAUAUAAAUUACGAAGUGAUCAGCAAAAUAUAUUCGGUUAUGAUCAUUAUGCUAAAAUCAGGAAUGAGACUAAAGGUCUAGAAUGGACCUAUAGCCCUGCACUCUGGGGUCUUCCAGGAGCUAAUGAAGAUAUGUUGUGGAUAAGCCAUUGGAAGUUGGGGAUAAAGUGA